AUUUUCUCAAAUAGAAUCAUCUUUAUCCAAUAUUUUAAAUUGUAUGCGAUAAAAAUGACGGCUAGGAUACUGCACAAGUUAACAGACCACAUUGGAUCGGUCAACACAGCCAUAUUUGACUCUUCGGGAAAUUAUACUACCAAUGCAAAUAACGGACGGCUAGUGCAGACAUAUGAGGGUCAUGGCUGGGCAGUCCAGGGUAUUGCCAUUAGCAACGAUAGUACGCAGAUGGUCUGCUGUGGUGGGGACCGGUCUGUGACCAUGUGGGAUAUAAACACCUGUGAAAUCAAACGCAGGCUGACAUCGGGUCACAAGCAGCGCGUGGACUGCGUUGCAACCAAUGCCGAUGCAUCUAUCGUAGUCAGCGGCUCGUUUGAUAAGACUGUUGCGGUGUGGGACACUCGUUCAAUGCAGCGCACGCCCUUGCAGGUUCUAGACGACGCAAAGGACGGUAUAUCCAGCGUACUGCUUACGUCAACUGAGAUUAUAUCUGGAUCAAUUGACGGCUCAGUCAGGACUUAUGACAUGCGCGUGGGAAAAGCGGUGACUGACUCGCUAGACCAGCCGGUGGUAUCAGUGCGUGUAUCUCAAACCAAAGAUUCUCAGAGCCUUAUCGUGGGAUGCAUGGACAGCACCGUUCAACUAGUGGAUCGUAGCAGCGGCAUGGCAUUCGGAACGUUUUCGGGCCACCAGUGUGCGAAAUACCGGAUUCAAUGCGACUCUAACGGUGAGCUCGUGGCCAGUGGCUCAGAGGAUGGGUUUGUAUACGUGUGGGACGUCUUGGCUAACAGCGAAACUGGCAGCUAUAUAUCGCGACUGUCAGGUCAUUCUGGGAUUGUAAAUACUGUUUCUUUCCAUCCACACUCAGUGACAGACUCGGCCAAAAAGCAGGCCAUGCUUUCAGCAGCUUCAGACGGCAGUGUGAUUAUUUGGGGAUGAUAUAGCUUGUAUUUCAGUGUUCUUUUCUGUACAACUUUUCUAUUUGUGAACCCCGCAAUUUUUUGAACAAAA